CUUGGGUCCUCCUGGUCCUCCAGGUCCAGCAGCUGGACCAUGUGAAGGAGCCCCCCAUGGACCUCCUGGUGACACUGGGCUUUCAGGCAUUGAUGGUCAGUCAGGUCCUCCCGGUUACCAAGGUCACCCUGGCUCAGUCAUCUUAAUAAAAGGAGAUGCAGGAGAUGACGGAAUGAUUGGACUACCAGGCCUUCGUGGAAAUACAGGCUUUUCAGGAUGUCCUGGCACUCCUGGAGAUAUUGGAUCACCAGGACAGAAGGGUGAACAAGGAAUCCAUGGACCUAAUGGACUACAAGGUCCUCCUGGACCACCGGGGACAUGUGGUGAACAUGGUCAGCCUGGCGAUCCUGGAAGGUCAGGAGAUGUGGGUGAUAAAGGUUCACAGGGUCGAACUAUUAGAAGACACUGUGACCGAGCACUGCCAGGACAGAAUGGACCGUCUGGAUUACAAGGAGUACGGGGGCCAACCGGUCCUCUGGGCAUUUUUGGUGAAGCUGGACUCAGAGGUGACAAAGGUUUACAAGGAUCUCCUGGAUUGCCUGGAAAAGAAGGCCCUGUUGGUUUACUAGGCCCACCAGGAGAUACAGGAUAUGCAGGAGAAAGGGGAGAUACUGGACCCCAAGGUCUGCUGGGUCCUGCGGGGAACCCGGGAUCCCCAGGGCUGAGUAGAAAGACUAACUUUGGGUUCCUACUGGUCAUGCACAGUCAGACAGAGAAUGUGCCAAAGUGUCCAAAUGACAUGACAACUCUAUGGAAUGGCUACAGCUUAUUAUAUUUGGAAGCACAAGAGAAGGCUGAUAGCCAAGAUCUUGGCCUGGCUGGAUCAUGUCUACCAAUGUUUAGCACAAUGCCAUUUGCUUACUGCAACGUCAAUGGAGUCUGCCAAUACGGUAGAAGAAAUGACAAGUCUUACUGGCUGUCCACGGCAGCACCUAUUCCAAUGGCACCGGUCUCAGAAGAAGACAUCCGUCCGUAUAUAAGCCGAUGUUCCGUGUGUGAAGCACCUUCUCAAGUCAUUGCUGUCCACAGUCAGGAACAGAGCAUUCCUCAGUGUCCUUCUGGAUGGAGAAGUCUUUGGAUUGGCUACUCUUUUUUAAUGCACACUGCAGCAGGAGAUGAAGGAGGUGGGCAGUCGCUGAUGUCACCCGGAAGUUGCCUUCAGGACUUCAGAACCAUUCCAUUCAUCGAGUGCCAAGGAGCACAAGGGACUUGCCAUUACUUUUCGAACAUCUACAGUUUCUGGCUCACAACCAUUAAAGAAGACAGACAGUUUAGACACAACCAUUCAUCUGAGACACUGCGUGACGAGCAACUGAAACGACAGAGAGUUAGCCGAUGCCAAGUGUGCAUGAAAGAAUGAAUGAACAGAAAUGGCACUUCAGUUGGCAACCAAAUGGUGCUGAAAAAAAGAAUUACAGUGCAAAAUAUAAAAUUCAUACUCAUCUUUAUCAUCAGUUCCCACUCUUUCAGUAUAAUGAAGAAAUACCAAUAAAAGUACUUAAGUGUUACUUAGAACAAA